GUGCACGCUCGCAUUCUAAAAUUCUAUUUAUACCCCUGAAGCUCCUAACCUCACUCCCUUUUCCCACUUUCUCUAUUCUUCCUACAGUUAACCUUUUCUAUCUCUAUUCUCCGGCGACGUUAUGGCAGCAACGGAAUUGGAUCUCGACGAGUUUCUCAAUCUCGAUUACGAACUUCGGUAUCCGAGUCUUGCCGAUACGGAGGCGUUCAUGAACGCCGCUUUCCAAACUCUUUUACCGGAUGUGGUAGCUUCAUUUUCAACUUGUGGUGGAGUUGGAGACUCUCAAAACCUUACUCCCAAACAUUCCACCAUCAGUGCUACUAUUGAUUCUCAAUCAUCCCUUUAUGGCACUGUUGGAAGCCCAGUUUCAGCCAAUAAACCAACCAGCAGAGAGAACCAUACCAAAGGGACAACAAGUGGCUCAUCUGAUCCUUCUGAUGAAGAUGAUGAACAAAGCACUAAUCCACGUGAUAUCAAACGCAUUCGGAGAAUGGAUUCUAAUCGCGAAUCAGCCAAAAGAUCAAGGCAAAGAAAACAAGCUCAUUUGUCUGAACUUGAGUCUCAGGUUGAAAAACUGAAACUGGAAAAGGUAACCCUAUACAAACAGUUUACAAAUGCUAGCCAACAUUUUCAUGAGGCUGAUAUAAAUAACAGAGUGCUAAAAUCAGAUGUUGAAGCUUUAAGAGCUAAGGUGAAGUUAGCUGAGGAUAUGGUCACUAGAAGUUCUUUCACCCCAUCAUUAAACAAUCAGUUUUUUCCGAAUCAAUGUCAAAUAAGCACACCGCCGCAACUCAAUGUGCCAUCUUUGCGCCGCGUGCCACAUGUUUCACCAACCAUCAAUGUCCAACAGGGAAAUGGUGCUUCGUAUGGUGGCGUCGCGGCCGAUGAACACUAUUCAAAUCUUCUUGGGUUUGGAAACUUGGACAUGAGUAAUUACAAUGACAUCAUUGACAAUGGAGUCUUAAGCAAUGCUAUGAGUUGUGUAACUACUACCUGGCCCUAAGGGCAUUUUUUCUUGAUCACUAGAUCAACUUUAUAUCAUCUCAUAUUUAUUGUAUUUGAUUAGUAGAUUAAGUUGAUGCCUUGCUGAAGUAAUUAUACUCUCUUCUCCUUCUAUUUAUAAAAAAAUAUUUACUUUUUGAUUCUUUGAAUAACCAAUAGAUUUGGUCGCCUAAACAUUAGUUAUUCAAUGUAUCUGAAAUGUAAACUUUUUUUAUAAAUAAAACGAUAUGAUCAAUAUAUAGUGUGUUUAUAUUUUGUAUUUCCUUUUGUAUAAAAAGAACUUAUUGAUUA